CACACAUUCCUAAUGGUAAUCUGGCAUCUUUUGAAACAUAUGUGCUGAAUCAUUGCAAAUAUCUACUUCAAGUACAUUAAAAAUUAUUCACUAUUAGUUAAAUUGCGUAACUGAAGGUUGGUUGAGUGUAGAGUCGCUUGUAAAUUUUUUGAAAAAUGCAGUGUCCUUUUUUGAGUCGAUUAAGCGUAAAUUAUGUACGCAAUUAUGCAGAAACACUUUUUCAGACAUAUGGAGCAUAUUGUCCUGUUAUGAGCAAUGUUUUAAACAAAUCUGUGGAGACUCGCCCCUAUUCAAAUAGUGCUGAUGUAAACAAGGUUGAACCAUUAAAAAAUAUUGUUAGCAAUAUUAAUAAAAAAAAUGUGACUUCGGUUGAACCUAAAAGAAAUACUUUUCCUUAUGAGGAUCAUUUUAACAAUUUAAUUUUGAAAAAGAAAAAGGAUUACUCCUAUCGCGUUUUCAAAAAGGUGAGCCGUUUAGCUGGAGAAGGCUUAUUUCCUCAUGCCAUCGAACAUUCCAAUGGAGAGAAACCUAUCACCGUUUGGUGUUCAAAUGACUAUUUGGGCAUGUCAGCACACCCAAAUGUCAAAAAUGCUGUUGAAGAAGUAAUUAAGUGUAAUGGUGUUGGGGCAGGUGGUACACGUAAUAUAUCUGGUAAUUCCAUAUUACACGAGCGUUUGGAAAAACAGCUUGCUGUUUUGCACCAAAAAGAAGCAGCUUUACUUUUUACUUCUUGCUUUGUUGCAAAUGAUUCGACAUUGUUCACAUUGGCCAAAAUGCUUCCAAACUGCCACAUAUUUUCUGAUGCUGGUAAUCAUGCAUCUAUGAUACAAGGAAUACGCAAUAGUGGAGUACCUAAACAUAUUUAUCGACACAAUGAUGUUGCUCAUUUGGAAAAAAUGUUGCAAAGUGUUGAUUACGACAUACCUAAAAUUGUUGCAUUUGAAACUGUACACUCCAUGACUGGUGCCAUUGCACCAUUGGAAGAGUUGUGUGAUGUAGCUCAUUCCUAUGGAGCGAUUACGUUUAUAGAUGAAGUGCAUGCAGUCGGUUUAUAUGGUGCUCACGGUGCUGGAAUAGGUGAAAGGGAGGAACUUUUACAUAAAAUGGAUAUUAUAUCAGGAACAUUAGGAAAAGCAUUUGGUAAUAUUGGCGGUUAUAUUGCUGGAACUUCGAAUUUGGUAGAUAUGAUACGGUCAUAUGCCGCAGGAUUUAUUUUCACAACGUCGUUACCUCCAACUGUUGUUCGAGGAGCUAUGGAGUCUGUUAAAAUUUUGGCUUCUGAAGAGGGACGCAAUCUAAGAGCUCUGCAUCAAAAAAACGUUAAUUAUUUAAGAUCAAGACUUUUAUAUGAAGGUUUUCCAGUUGAAAAAAGUGAAAGUCAUAUCAUUCCAAUUCGCAUUGGAGAUCCCUUAAAAACAGCACAAAUAUCAGAUAUGUUGUUGCAACAAUACGGACACUACAUUCAGGCAAUUAAUUAUCCAACAGUUGCGAGAGGGGAAGAAAAAUUACGAUUGGCACCAACACCGUUCCACACUUUUGAAAUGAUAGAAACCCUGAUUUCGGAUCUUAAGAAAACUUGGGAAAUAUUGGGUUUAUCACUCGAUAUUUCUUGCUCAUCAAAAAAAUGUUUAGUGUGCAAUAAUGAAUCUUUUUCCAAACAAUAUCAAAAUGGAAACCAGUUAGACUGGAUGGCAAUUGAAUGUUCAAUACCAAACUGUCCACGAAUGGUAGCAGCUAAUGCAAAUUAAAAGAAAAAAAUAUCAUCAAAAUGGUUAUUUGUUGGUUAAAAGAAAUCUAUAAAAUAAGAUAAGGGUAUAAUGGUAUUAAAUAAAAUAAUCAAACACUUUUGAAGAUGGUUUAU